AAAGAGCGACCCUCUCCAGCUGUUAGGACUACAUAUCCCAGGGAUGGCCGGACAUUCUCGGGCUUGUAGUCCUAACUUGGACCGGCCACAGGAGGCCGCCCCGAGGACUUGGCUCCUUCUCCCGAGGACAGUUAUAUAACGUUCGCAAACAACCCACAAGCUCGGACAAUGAACUUUCCACCCCAUCCGACACCCGAACUAGAGCUAGUAGUCGCUGCAGCUAUAAAACCCCAGGCGCGUGCAGAAGGCGCCGACCUCGCCCGGGAGCCCGCAGAAGCGCUCGCCAUGGGCGACCCGGUCCUGGGCUGGGCGCUGGGAACCUGGGCGCUGAUCCUGCUGCUCCUGGCCCUGGGGCUGCUCUAUGGGAUCUGGCCGUAUAAUUUCUUCAAGAAAUUGGGAAUUCCUGGCCCAACACCACUGCCUUUUAUCGGAAGUUUCCACGAAUAUCGGCAUGGUAUUCUGCAGUUUGACCAGAUAUGCUUUGAGAGAUACGGCAAACUCUGGGGACUGUUUGAUGGCCGGCAACCUGUGAUGGCCAUUCUGGAUCCUGCCCUCAUUAAAAGUGUCCUGGUCAAAGAAUUCCAUACUUAUUUCACCAAUCGCCGGGAUUUUGGUCUGAAUGGCGAUAUGGACACAAACAUAUUCUCCACUGUCAAUGAACAGUGGAAGAGGAUUCGCAAUGCCUGGUCUCCUAGUUUCACCAGUGGGAGGCUGAAGGAGAUGCUGCCCAUCAUCAACCAUUAUAAUGAAAUCUUGGUAAAGAACCUUCAGAAGAAAGUGGACAAUGAUGAAGUGAUGGAUAUGAGGCUGAUCUUUUCAGCCUACAGUUUGGAUGUGGUAAGCAGCACUUCAUUUGGCAUCAACAUUGACUCCCUCAACCAUCCCAAUGAUCCUGUUGUUGUGAACAUCAAGAAGCUCCUUAAAUUUAGCUUCCUCGAUCCUGUUUUAAUCUUAACUGUUCUUUUCCCAUUCUUUAUUCCAGUGCUGGAAAAGCUCAACUUUAGCGUGUUUCCCAAGUCUUCGAUAGACUUCUUCUCUGGUGUCAUCAAAAAAAUCAAAGAAGAUCGACAAAAGGAGAAUCACACGAACCGGGUUGACUUUCUGCAGCUCAUGAUGGACUCUCAAGCUGCAGCCAACACCUCCGGGGAGGCAAAUUCAGAGAAAGCUUUAACAGACAAAGAGAUUUUGGCCCAAUCAAUAAUUUUUAUUUUUGGUGGUUAUGACACCAUCGGUAUCACACUCAGCUUCGUAUCUUAUUGUCUGGCCAUCCAUCCUGAUGUUCAAGAGAAAUUGUAUCAAGAGAUCAAUGAAACGUUUCCCAAUCAGGCCCCUCCCACUUAUGAGGCCAUCCAACAUAUGGAAUAUCUAGACAUGGUGGUGAAUGAAACAUUUCGUCUUUACCCUCCAGGAGAACGUCUUGAUAGAGUUUGCAAAAAGACAGUGGAAAUCCAUGGAGUGACCAUCCCAGAAGGGACCGUGGUUAUUGUCCCUGUUUUUGUCUUGCAUCGUAUCCCAGAAUAUUGGCCUGAGCCCGAGGAGUUCAGACCUGAGAGGUUUAGCAAAGAGAACAAAGAGAACCGAAACCCGUAUGUCUUCCUCCCUUUCGGAGCGGGUCCCAGGAACUGCAUCGCUAUGCGUUUCGCCCUCCUGGUGCUGAAAAUGGGUCUGGUGGUUGUGCUGCAAAAAUUUCACUUCCAAACUUGCAAAGAGACACCGAUCCCACUGGAGCUGGACAACAGAGGGUUUGUGCAACCAAAGAAUCCUAUCAAGUUGAAAUUGCUGCCCAGAACUGUUGUAGAACAUGAAGAAUAGAAGAUCUGGAGGAUGGAAAGAGGCUGUGAUGUCUCUCUCUCAUUGUCUCUCUCUCUCUCUCUUCUUCCUUCCUUCCUUCCUUCCUUCCUUCCUUCCUUCCUUCCUUUCUUCCUUCCUUCCUUCCUUCCUUCCUUCCUUCCUUCCUUCCUUCCUUCCUUCCUUCCUUCCUUCCUAUUGUGCCUUUAUGUCAUAUAACAGCAGCACUCUGAAUCAGUGGAGUUAAAUGCCUGUUUAGACAUUUCCUCAGGUGAUUUUCAAGGAAAGUUGGAUGUGCCAGUUAACCUUGGGAUCCCUCCAGUCUUCACUUCAAAAGCAAAUAAUAAUAAACCUGCUUAUGUAAUACACACAUCACUUGAUUUUUGAGUGACUGAUGGGGUAGAAAGGUGAUUAAAUAAACAGAUUAAAUAAGUUGA